AUGGGGCCCCCGGGCAAUAGGGGAUCAUGGGGCCCCUGCGUCCUUGCCCAAACUCAAAAAGCCUAUGAAUGCAAUGUUUUAUGUAAGUACUAUUCAUUUCUUCUUGUCUUCAUAUUUCUUACACCACAAUUAUUGAAAACUUUAGAUGAUUAGCUGUACACAGGGGCGGACUGACAACUCAUGGAACACCCGGGCAAUAGGGGAUCAUGGGGCCCCUGUGUCCUUGCCCAAACUCAAAAAAGCCUAUGAAAAAGGUACCAGGGGUAUCUCAUGGGGCCCCCUACUGACCCCGGGCCCUCGGGCAGUGCCCAAGUCUCCAAAUGGUCAGUCUGCCCCUGGC